AAUCUGGGACUUGGCCCCGGGGCGGAGCGGCUCGACUUACAGACUGACUAGCGCGCGCCAUGUCAGCUACGCAUGAAUACAGAGCCUACCUGCGGAACACCGUGGACAUGGAGGCGGGCCAGCACCGCUUCAACCCACCGGCGCAGGUUUCGGAGCCCACAUACCGGUCGCUGCUAAUCGGGACCCUCGCUGUUAUGGGAUUGCUUCAAGUGGCCUCCAGCAUGGCGAUCUUUUUGCAUCUGACGGGUUAUCUCCAAGAGACAAAUUUGUCCACAGCCCCACACCAGCCCAUCGAGGAAGUUCAUCCGGAGCCCAUAGUAAAUGCACUGAAAGACCCAAAGAGAAGACAAUGCAAAAAUCCUAAAGAUCGUAUGCAAGCAUCCGCCCAUCUACCAAUCAAAGUGAAUCAAGAUUUUCCUAAAAGUGAGUCCAAGGUUGAGAAGGCCACCGUCAUCGAAUGGGAUGAAGUCCAUGGAACUCUUCACAAUAUGAGUUACCAGAAAAGAAAACUGCUAGUGACCGUACCAGGCUUCUACUACGUUUAUGCUAAAACCUGCUUCCGCUACUACAAGCUUGGAGGACCAGAAGAAAUUCCUCCAGUUGAUGUUAGCAACACCCAACUCAUCCAGUACGUCUAUCACGAGAGCAUCAAGCAGAACAACAAGGCAGGGCAGCUGAUGAAGACAGGCAGCACUAUGCGCUGGAACAACACGAGCUAUAACAUGUACUGCGCCCAGCAGGGCCGAGUGGUUUACCUGGACAAGGGAGACGCCUUGUUCGUCAAUGUGUCCAACGCUUGGAUGCUGGACAAGGAGGCAGAAGGGACGUAUUUUGGGGCCGUAAAGUUUGGGAACUGAAAUGCAAACGUGUGUAACAAACAUGCUACUGAACAUUUUUAAAUGCCAGAAAACCACUGUUAGUGACGUGUAAUGU